CUGUUUAAGUCCGGCAGCUGGAAAAAUGGCAGCUGAUUCAGGGAAAUACAGGAGUGCUGUUAGCAAAAACAAAGACCCCUCAGGUCUUCUCAUCUCUGUCAUUAGGACUCUGUCCAGCAGUGAUGAUGUGCAGGACAGAGAGACCGAGAAGGGUCGCCUUGAAGAGGCCUUUGAGACAUGCGAUCGGGAUUUGGAUAAACUUAUUGUUCAGCAUUAUGCUGAACUUACCACUGCCAUCCGAACCUACCAGAGCAUCACAGAGCGCAUCACUUGCUCUCGCAACAAGAUCAAACAGGUGAAGGAGAACCUCUUGUCUUGUAAAAUGCUGCUCCAUUGUAAGAGGGACGAGCUGAGGAAGCUGUGGAUUGAGGGCAUUGAACAUAAGCAUGUCCUCCAGCUGCUGGAUGAAAUUGAAAGUAUCAAGCAGGUUCCUCAGCGCCUGGAUGCCUACAUGGCAAGCAAGCACUACCUUCAUGCCACUGACAUGUUGGUGUCAGCAGUGGAGUCUUUAGAAGGCCCCUUGCUACAGGUUGAAGGGCUUGGAGACUUGCGCCUGGAGCUCAAAAACAAAAAGCUUUACUUGCCCACAGUGCUCAUUGAUGAACUGCACCGACACCUUUAUAUCAAGUCCACAAGCCGCCUUGGACACAAGAACAAGGACAAAAACGCAGCUCGCGUUCCAGGGUCCCUGACUAAAGAUACGUCUCCAUUGCCAGCGUUGGAAGUGAGCAGCCUUUCAACUCCACGCAAGCUUUUGGAUUCCUCACAGUUUAGCACACCGGGAUCCAGCAGUGUGCGUGAGCUGCAACAGGAUAUUCGAGAUCUGAGCCAUGCAGAUCUUUCAGAGGUGGAUCCAGAAGAAAACAGUGCUGAAUUUAUGGGCAUCCUUAUCACGGCUCUAGCCAAACUGAAGAAACUCCCUGGAACAAUCAAAGCCAUAAUGGACCGACUGGAGCCCGAGCUGAAACAGAUCGUCAAGAGAUCUACCACUCAGAUUGCAGACCAUGCUUACCAGAGGGGAGAAAACCUGGCCCAGGAAAGCCAGCCAAGGCUGCUGUUGGAACUGCUGGAGCUUUUGUUUGAUAAGUUCAAGGCAGUGGCGCAGGCUCACAGUGUUGUGUUGACCCACAUGCAGCAGAUUGCAUCGCAGGGUUCUGGUGGGACCCCUGAAGAGGACAUCAAGCUCUACGAGCAGGCUGACGUUUCUGCUAAAAUCCAGACUGUGCUGCAGGUUCUGCUGAUGGAGUAUCUGGAUGUGAAGAACAGCCGCAGUGCCACGGAGCCUUCGGCACAGCUCUCUUAUGCCAGCACAGGCAGCGAGUUUGCUGCUUUCUUUGCUAAGAAAAGACCACAGCGUGCCAAGCAGUCACUCUUCAAGUUUGAAUCAUCUUCCCAUGCCAUCAGCAUGAGUGCCUACCUGAGAGAGCAGAGGCGAGAGCUGUACAGCAAAAGUGGAGAAUUACAAGGUGGCGCUGAUGACAACCUGAUUGAAGGAGGGGAAAUGAAGUUUGUCUGUAAGCCAGGAGCAAGGAACAUCACUGUGAUUUUCCAGCCUCUUCUCAGAUUCAUUCAAGAGAUAGAGAUGAACAUGGGGCCAGGUCAAGCCAAACAGUGCCAGCUUCGGGCUUUCCUCACCUACUACAUUAAUGACCUCUUCCUCAACCAGGUGCGAACAGAGAUCAACAAAGAAAUUGAGGCAGUGAGUAAAGCUUCUGACCCUUUGAAAAUACUUGCCAGUGCCGAUACCAUGAAGAUACUGGGUGUCCAGAGACCUCUACUGCAGAGCACAGUGGUUGUGGAGAAGUCCAUUCAGGAUCUCAUGAGCCUGAUGCAGGAUCUGAGUGCCUACUCCAACCAGUUUCUUGAGAUGGUCUGUGACAAGCUCAAAGAAUACAAGGAAAUCUGCAACACAGCUUAUAGGGCUGUUGUCCAGUGUGAAGAGAAGCUGACAAUUAGUGCUUCUUGGUCCAAAGAUGAGGACAUCAGUCGUUUGCUCCAGUCCCUCCCUAACUGGGCAAAUAUGGCCCAACCCAGGCUGGCAAGGCAGAAGAGGGAAGAUGAAGAGGACUUUACAAGGGCCGCUUUUGCUAAGGAGUCCGAGGUGCUGACUGGAAACCUGGGAGACAAAUUAAUCCCCCAGAACGAGAUCCUACGCGAUGUCAGUGACCUGAAAGCUCUGGCCAACCUCCAGGAAAGCAUGGAAUGGCUUGCUGGUCGCCUUAAGUCAUUCUUCACUAACCCUCUUCAGGCCUCAAAUGCCUUUUCAUGCUCAACAGACAGCCAGGUGCUGGGUGAGAGUGAACGUAGCAGGGAGCAGAUUCUCCAGACUCUGAACGAUCUGUCUCGAGGUUUCCAGGAAAUCGCAGACCGUUGUCUUCUGGUAUUGCAUCUGGAGGUCAGAGUGCAUUGCUUCCAUUACCUGAUCCCCCUGACCAAGCAAGGAAAUUACGCCAUUGUGGCUAAUGUGGAAAGCAUGGACUAUGACCCGCUGGUGGUCAAACUGAACAAGGACAUCUCAGCCAUAGAGGAAGCCAUGGGAGCAGCCCUGCAGCAGCACAAGUUCCAGUAUAUAUUUGAAGGUCUUGGUCAUCUGAUUUCUUGUAUCCUGAUCAACGGCGCACAGAACUUUAAGCGCAUCAGUGAAUCUGGCAUCAAGAAGAUGUGCAGAAACAUCUUUGUCCUCCAGCAGAACCUCACCAACAUCACCAUGUCCAGGGAGGCUGACCUCGACUUUGCCAGGCAGUACUAUGAGAUGCUGUACAACACUGCAGAUGAGCUGCUGAACCUGGUGGUGGACCAGGGUGUUCGCUACACUGAGCUGGAGUACAUCAACGCCCUGUCAUUACUCCAUCGCAGUCAGACAGGUGUCGGGGACCUGAGCACCCAGAACAUCCGACUCCAGAGGCUGAAGGAGAUCAUCUGCGAGCAGGCCGCCAUCAAACAGGCCACCAAGGACAAAAAGAUCACAACAGUGUAGUGAUCAGAAGCCAGAAUAAAUAAGUGUAUAUUUGCAAGAGUGAAGAUGGAGAACAACUUUCUGAAUGGGGAAUAAUAACAGACACAUUUAAAACAUCAGUUUUUGAAAAGUGUAUGCCUUUUUUUGCCUGAUGUGAUGAAAGGCAGUAGUUGAGAUCUGAUUUAGCAAUAACAUUCUUCCCCUUUGAAUAUGGAGAUUAUAUAAGAGCCUGUGCUGCACUGACUCAUUCUAAUUGGGAGAUGAGGUGACAACCAACACAACUGCAAACUUUGCAAGUCUAGUUUCUAUAUCAGGUAACUUCUAUUGUCAGUUUCCACUUUUCAAAAAGACAUAACAAAUGUGCCCUGCAUGCCAGAACUCUAACAAUCCUCAGCUCUCCUUAACAACGGCUCCAGUUAAAAAGGGAACGUCUAGGACAGUCACCUGAACUUGGGCCCCAUCUCAUCUCAUUUUCCUAUUAUAUCCAAACUGCUGCUCUCAAUUACACCUCUAUCUCUCCUCUUCUGCCAACCCCCAUGGGCUCGCUGAUUCUGUCUGCAAUAACAGAUGCCAGAUUAGACUGUCUGAAUGAGGCCACAUCUUCCGCCUGCUGCCAAUUUAGGCUGGU